UCAUCAACACCAUGGCGCCUCGCCUACAGAUACUAAGGCAUGUCGUGGGAGCGGCGCAACAGCCAUUAUACCAGCCCGUCGCGCCAUUUUUGUAUCCGUGCCUCUUGCAGCAGCGCAGGUCCGCAUCAAUACUAAACACGCUGUCCGAUAACAAGGGAUCGUACAACAAGCGCAUCAGGGUCGGACGAGGUCCUUCAAGCGGGUAUGGCAAGACGUCAGGGCGAGGGCACAAGGGUCAAAAGCAGCAUGGAAAGGUGCCGGCAGGCUUCAAUGGAGGUCAGACGCCAGAUUGGGUUGUACACGGAGUACGAGGGUUCAAGAACCGGUUUGCUGCGCAACUGUCGCCCGUCAACCUGAACAAAAUCCAAUACUGGAUCAAUGCUGGCCGACUCGACCCAAGCCAGCCCAUCACCCUGAAAGAGCUCUCAUCUUCGCGCUGCAUACACGGCGUCCGUAGAGACGGUGUGAAGCUUCUCGCCCGCGGAAAAGAAGAACUCACCACUCCCAUCAACAUCAUCGUCUCCCGCGCUUCCGCCGAAGCCAUCAGUGCUGUGGAAAAGGCUGGCGGCACUGUCACAACCCGGUACUACACUGGUUUCGCCAUCGAAAAGAUCAAGCAAGGUCUUAUGGAUCCUAUCCAUAGCUUGCAAAGCAAGAUAGUGCUGGCGCCAGGCACCAAGGAAGGCGCGAUUGCAGCGGCCGACGCUCUCGCGGAAGAGGGUAGGAGAUAUAGAUACCGACUACCCGACCCAUCGAGCAGGAAGGCUUUGGAGUACUAUCGAGAUUCUGCGCAUCGAGGUUAUCUGAGCCAUACUGUAGCAGAGGGACAAGGGCCAAGCUUGUUCUUCAGAACCCCUGGGGUAACAAGAGGUGGGACGAAGACCGGAGCGACGACCACCAAGCGAACGGACAGCAAUCGGUUGUGGUAGUGUUAGGUUAUAGCUGAAUGUUGCGCAUUAUACGCUCUGAGUUAGGCC